AUGGGACGGAGCUGCUCCUUCCUCCUGCUGCUUCUCCUCCUGCCCCUGGGGCCGGGAGCCGCCUUCUCGCUCCUGCGGUACCGCUACGACUGCGGGGACUAUGGCAUGCAGCUGCAGGCGUAUCCCACCCGUGGCCGCACCGUCCGCUUCAAAGUCAUGGACGAGUUCGGCACCCGCUUUGAUGUGGCCAACUGCUCCAUCUGCCUCCACUGGCUCAAUGCCGGGGCAGACGGCGCCGUCAUCUUCUCCUCCGGCUACGAGGGCUGCCACGUGCUGGUGAAGGAGGACCGCUACGUCUUGAGGGUGCAGCUGGAGGAGAUGCUGCUCAGCGGGGUCCUGGCCGCCUCCUAUGAAGUCAACAUGACCUGCCCGCAGCCGGGCGACGAGGAGAUCCUCACGGCCGGCAAUGCGCAUACCGAGCACCGGGCCGGUCGGGGCAACAAUGUCCACCAGACCCAGACUGAUGUCCUUGUCCCCCUGUCCCAGCCUGGCCUCCUGCACCACACGUCCCAGUCCACCCUCACCCUCCCGGGACGCCAGCUCUCUCCCCAAGCCAACUCGGAGCAGGUUCACCCUGUGGCUCAGACCCAGCCGGUCCUGGUGCACCCCGGGCUGCAGCCCCAACCCCAGCCCAGCCUGGUUCGCCCAGGGCUUCAGCCCCAGCCUGGCAUGGUUCGCCCCAUCAACCAACCUCAGCGGGGCUUAAUGCGCCCGGGCAUGCAGUCCCCAGCCCAGCCCGGGCUGUUGCACCCCAGGGCUCAAACCCAACCAGGUCUUCUUCGCCCAGGGCUUCAGACCCAAAACCAGGCUGGGCUGGUGCACCCCGGGGCUCAAACCCAACCAGGUCGUCUUCGUCCAGGGCUUGUGCCCCAAAACCAGCCUGGGUUGGUGCAUGCCGGUGUCCAGUCUAGCUUAAUGCACGCUGGUGCUCAAAGUCAAACAGGCUUCGUACGCCCGGGAUUUCAGCCCCAAACCCAGCCGGGCUUAGCUCACCCCAGCCUUCAGACCCAUUCCCAAGCUGGUCUUCUCCACCCUGGGCUCCAGAGCCAAACUGGGCUGCCUCACCCUGGCUCCCAGCCUGGCCUGGUACGCCCGGUUCUCCAGAGCCAAGCUGGGCUGGUACAUCCCGGUCAUCCCCGACCGGGUCUAGUGCACCCGGGACUCCAGUCCCGACCAGGUUUUGUACGUCCUGGACUUCAGGUUCAGCCCCAGCCGGGGCUGGUGCGCCCAGGACUCCAGCCCCAAGCCCAGCCUGGCUUGCUGCAUCCUGGGCUUCAAUCCCAGCCUAGUCUACUGCAAUCCACGGCUCUCUUCUACCACUCAGCAGGGGCAGGCACCCAGUUGACAAGGGAGCAGUGCCAGGUGGCGGUGGGGAGGAUGCCCUGCGUGGCCCCGCAGGGCCGGGAGGCAUGCCUGCAGGCAGGCUGCUGCUACGACGACAUGGACCGCAUCGCACCCUGCUAUUACGGCAACACAGCCACUGUGCAGUGCCUGCUGGACGGGCACUUCGUCCUGGUGGUGCCGCGGGGCCUCACCACCCAGCCUUACAACCUGGACAGCGUGCGCCUCGCCAGCACCCAGGCCGGCUGCGAGCCCGUCAGGGUGACGGAAACCUUCGUGAUGUUCCGCUUCCCCGUCACGCAGUGCGGCACCACCGUCCAGGUGAUCGAGGACCGGCUGAUCUAUGAGAACCAGCUUAUCUCCACCAUCGACGUCCAGGGUUCCCCCCGCGGCUCCAUCACCCGGGACAGCAUCUACAUCCUCCAGGCUCGUUGCAUCUACAACGCCAGCGACCUCCUGCCACUCCGCGUGGAGGUGGCCAUGCCCCCCACGGCCGCCCCCCUGGCCAUGCCGGGGCCACUCAGGCUCCAGUUACGCAUCGCCACUGACGAGAGCUACACCUCCUACCACCCCGACGGCGACUACCCCUUGGUGAGGGUGCUCCGGGACCCCAUUUACGUGGAGGUUCGCCUCCUGCAGAAGACGGACCCUAACCUGGUGCUGGUCCUGCACCACUGCUGGGCAUCCCCCAGCACCGACGCCGCGGCUGAGCCCCAGUGGCCCAUCCUGGUGGAUGGGUGCCCCUUUGCAGGGGACAACUACAGGACACAGCUCGUGCCUGUGGGACCGGCCUCGCCGCAACUGCCCUUCCCAAGCCACUACCAGCGCUUCAUCAUCUCUACCUUCACCUUCGUGGAGCCCCCCUCCAUGGCGGUGCUGGAGGGAGAGGUGUACAUCUCGUGCAGCGCUUCUGUUUGCCACCUGGCACAGCCCGAGCCCUGCCGGCCCUCCUGCCAGCUGGGAGUGCCUUCACGAGCGCGUCGGUCUCUGGGGGACAGGAGGACAGCUGAAACCACGGGCACGGUCACCUCCCAGGGAUGUGUCAUCUUCCCCAAGGUCCCCAAGCUGCGGAGAAGCUGA